GGAAAUCCGUCGCUCGCUUCUUCUUGCCGGGAGCCGACAGUUCCGUCCAUCGCCUUCGCCCGGUGUUUGCUUCUUUAUUUCAACCAAACACCGGAGAGAGAGCGAGGGAUUAAAUCCUCGCCUUCUCAUAUCUCGUUAGCACAAAGCGAUGGCUUCCACGACCGUCGCUUGCACUCGACAGUUCCAAUGGAGCUCCGCCGGCGGCGAGGACAGGAGAAAACCCUCAAAAACCCCUCCCAUGAUCGCCAUUAGAUGGCGGCACAAGGCCUUCGCGAUAGCCUCAGUCCAAGGAGGAGACAUUGGCAACGGCGGCAACAACAACAUCGGAGCUCUCGAGUUGAAUACCCUCUUCGAUGAUCUCCAGCCCGAGAUCGCUUUCAAGGACACCCCAUCGCUACCCAAGCCUCUCUCUGUAUCUGACGUCUCUGGUUCGGUUAAUGGGUCUCGUCUUCGGGUUGCGUACCAGGUGGUUGAAUGUUGGCUUGUCGAUCGGGCAGUUCUACCCAUUGAAAAUUCAUUAGGUGGCAGCAUCCAUUGCAACUAUGACCUUUUACUUCAUCAUAAAUUGCAUAUUGUCCGGGAAGUGAAGUACGCUGUUCGGCAUUGCUUACUAGCCAACCCUGGUGUUAAAAAAGAAGAUUUAAAAAGAGUUCUCAGCCAUCCUCAAGCCCUUACACAAUGUGAGCAUACACUGACAAAAUUAGUUGUCAGAGAAGCUGUUGAUGAUACUGUAGGAGCUGCAAAAGGGCAGUUGCCAGUUCAUUGGCUGCUGAAAUCUAUGGUUUGGAUAUUCUUGCCCAAGAUAUCCAGGUGCUUGCUGUAUUCAAAUGGAUUGGAUGCUCAUGGCUGUUUGUGUUUACUUCACUAAAAUAUUUUUUGUUUGUAGGAUGACCCCGAUAAUGUUACUCAGUUUUUAAUGCUGGCAUGAGAACCAAUAACUCCAGGUAUCGAUAAGCCAUUUAAGGUGUGGUUAGCAGUCGAAAUAACCUGUUAUUUUUUGAAGAUAACAUCAUUAAGCUUCCUUUAUAUGGAAGUGCAAAUUGAACUUAUGUUUCAAUUACUAUAUUAUUUCUGGUCCAUAGCUUGCUUGCUUCAUCUGACAGAUGACACCAUUAUUCUGUCAUUCUCAGACAAGCAUAGUUUUCUUUGUAGAAGAAGGGCAUGGUGUGCUUUUUAAUGCCCUUGCUGUUUUUGCCAUGAGAGACAUCAAUCUUACUAAGGCAUGCUUCAACAUCUUGUGCCGCUGCAUAUGGUUUUGUCAUAAGUGCAGUAUUAAGCAUGUGGACAUUCUUUAUGAUGUAAAAAUACUUAUUCUUGUCUUCUCAGAUUGAAAGUCGUCCUCGAAAGAAAAAGCCCUUGUGCGUGACUGACGAUGGCACCAAUGGGCAUCUAAAGUUAUUACCAGAACAAUUCUGUAUUUUCAUGUUUCUUUGUGCAUCUAUGUACUUUGACUAUCUUUUCUAUGUAGAUUUUGGAGCAUCAAUGGCUGCACCAAAUGCUCAGAAUGCCCUUCGGCACCUCAAGGAAUUUGCAAUGUUCUUAAGAGUGCUGGGAAGUUAUCCGAUGGACAUGAGCCAGGCGUGAAUGACCUGAAGGGAAGUGAACACACCUAUGCAUAGAAGAGAUUUGGUGUGAUGAGGCAUGGUGGUUCUCUUUUGCCUGGAGGUUUGAUGUUAUUGCAUUCCCAUUAUUCUUUUUCUUUUUAUCUGGGGGAAAGUACGGAUAUCUGGCAGUUAAUUUCUGUAUUGGUUUGUGUUGAGCCUGUCUGCUGAUUCCACAAUUGCUGCAACUGCUAGUCUCCUCCAAACUAAACUUGUUGGGAGGGUUGAAUGCUCUUGUUCUUAAACAUAACAACCUGGGAUUUUCAUUGAUCUGAGACAUCGGAGUAUAUGUUUCUAGAAGAUAAACGGUGCAUUUAAUUAGGUCAUGCAUCAAAAUCAAACCGGUCAACAAAAUCUUCCUUUGCUUGCUCUGGGAGCUGAACGCGAUUGAGAUAAUACAGUACUAUUAUUAAUCCAAUAGAUUAUGAGAAGAUUGUAGGGUUGUCGUGUUCCAACCACCCCACAGUAUAACCUGUCACUCUCAGAACAAAAGGCAUAGGACCAUAGCCCCUUUCUUUUUCAAA